AAACAAAACAGAAAUGCAACGCUUUAGAGUACCCACGGAAAACUUGAUUACCUUGUCACCAUGAGUAAAAGUUAAUUCCCACUCCUGAAGAGAGCAAACCAACUCUGAAAGAGAGUGAAAAUGCAGACAAGACAGUUAUCAGAUAAUGGCUAUCUGGACGAGAGAUUCUUUCGUUUGACAGCAGUUUGGUUGUUGGGAGUUCCAGUUCAGCUCCUGCACAGUUGCUCUGUACAAAUCCUCCUCCGUAUUUGCUUAGAGAAAACGUGUUGCCAUCCCCUCAUGAAGGAAGCUGCCUGAGAGUUUUUAACCAUUACAGCCGUGAUGAUGAAAGAGUGAAGAACCGCCUCUAAGUUAAAAAGUGCACCCAGAGAUAAGGUUCCUUCUCAGUGCCCUGCCGCUGCUUCUCAUCGCAUGGCCACCGCAUUUCUCAGGCCAGGCACAUUGAGCGUCGGUCCUGUGCCUGACGCUAUGCUAGAUGCUGGGGUUGCAGCCACGAGCGUAGACACGACAGACACGGCCCUCGCCAUCUUCUCUUGAGUACUGAUCGGAACAAGAGGAUCGUCUGUAGACAGGCUACAGAUUGUUUUAGAUUGAAGUUUCCUGUCAUGUUCGCUCAUCUUUAAAUCCUCAUAGUGAAAAAGGAUAUGAUCAUCGUGGCGCAUGUAUUACUCAUUCUUUUGGGGGCCACUGAGAUACUGCAAGCUGACUUACUUCCUGAUGAAAAGAUUUCACUUCUCCCACCUGUCAAUUUCACCAUUAAAGUUACUGGUUUGGCUCAAGUUCUUUUACAAUGGAAACCAAAUCCUGAUCAAGAGCAAAGGAAUGUUAAUCUAGAAUAUCAAGUGAAAAUAAACACUCCAAAAGAAGAUGACUAUGAAACCAGAAUCACUGAAAGCAAAUGUGUAACCAUCCUCCACAAAGGCUUUUCAGCAAGUGUGCGGACCAUCCUGCAGAGCGACCACUCACUACUGGCCAGCAGCUGGGUUUCUGCUGAACUUCAUGCCCCACCAGGGUCUCCUGGAACCUCAAUUGUGAAUUUAACUUGCACCACAAACACUACAGAAGAUAAUUAUUCACGUUUAAGGUCAUACCAAGUUUCCCUUCACUGCACCUGGCUUGUUGGCACAGAUGCCCCUGAGGACACGCAGUAUUUUCUCUACUAUAGGUAUGGCUCUUGGACUGAAGAAUGCCAGGAAUACAGCAAAGACACACUGGGGAGAAAUAUCGCAUGCUGGUUUCCCAGGACUUUCAUCCUCAGCAAAGGGCGUGACUGGCUUGCGGUGCUUGUUAACGGCUCCAGCAAGCACUCUGCCAUCAAGCCCUUUGAUCAGCUGUUUGCCCUUCACGCCAUUGAUCAAAUAAAUCCUCCACUGAAUGUCACAGCAGAGAUUGAAGGAACUCGUCUCUCUAUCCAAUGGGAGAAACCAGUGUCUGCCUUUCCAAUCCAUUGCUUUGAUUAUGAAGUAAAAAUACACAAUACAAGGAAUGGAUAUUUGCAGAUAGAAAAAUUGAUGACCAAUGCAUUCAUCUCAAUAAUUGAUGAUCUUUCUAAGCACGAUGUUCAAGUGAGAGCAGCAGUGAGCUCCAUGUGCAGAGAGGCAGGGCUCUGGAGUGAGUGGAGCCAACCUAUUUAUGUGGGGUUCUCAAGAUAAAGGAGAUAACAUCCAGCUUUCCUGUCCCACAGCGUAUCUGAAAUAAAAACAACAGCAGGGAUAGCAGA